AUGGCACCUGCUGUCAUAUCCAAAGAACGACAUCGGGCCACGAGAGGCCACUCUGCUCGUCUAUUGCUUUUACUCGUCCUAGGCGUCUCUGGCAGCUUCGUGCCCGGCUUGGCGCGCGAAGCGCUGCGCUUCGACACGGGGGGAAUGCGCCUGCAGCGACGCGCGACGCAAGUUGAAGAGGUGACAGAGACUGAAGUGAAAGUGGAUCCCGUGGAAAAGCUGUGUGCAAAGCUUCCCUUGCUCACGGGCCGAAAGAAUCACACGGAAGAAAGUUUGGAUUUUAAGGUGCUGGGCUCCAAAGUUGGAACCUCUGUGGAGCUGACUCUGCCUCCACUGCAGUAUUGGCAAUACAUGCGGGGGAAAGGCAAGACUCUGCGAAAGCGAGAAUUGCCCAAGUUCCAAUCCAAUGCUGAUAGCUUGGUGACAGCCAAGGAACAGGCAGCCGAAGCCGCCUUGUCCAGUCUCUUCCGAAUCGUGGACACGCGCUUGUCCAGCAGUAACAACCAGGCCUUUGCCCGGGUCAUGGCUGGCAUUUUCAAUGAUGGCGUGGAAAUUGCUCAGAUCCGAUUUCCCGCGAUCGAUGAAACUCAGAGAAGUCCAGGCAACUUCCUCUACGCCUUGGCCUACCUCGCGCGGCAGGUUUCCGCCGAGGCCCCGAAGCGGAUCCUGACGGCCUGCCACCUGCGGCGCCUCCGGGACCGACCGGACUGGCUGCAGGGCUUCGUGCAGCAGAAGCAACGAUUGGUGAUGCCACAAAACACCAGCAUUUUGUCCGUCUCUGCCGACACGCAGCCCAAUAACCUGGCAGCGUAUAUGGAGAAGGCCCUGCGGGAGAAAGGUGCGGUGAAGCUUCAGCUUGCAGGAACUAAGUCGGCGGACCAAGCGUUGCUGGCAUUGAGGGAUCUGAACCUCCAGUAUUCGCACCGCUUCUGCUCCUACUUCAUGCACGGCACCUUUCAGAAUGCCACAGGUGCAGGGUACAAAGAAGCCUUGCGAAGGUGGAGCUACAAGGAGCAUGCCCUGAUGUUUGUGGACCGUAUGUUUGCUUAUGACUUGGGUCCUGUACUCUUCAAGCCGGCAGAGGCGCUUCUGCUUUUUCAAAAACCAGUCCUCAGCAGCUUGGUUCGGAUCGCCAUGUCGGAAGCCAACAAGGAGGAGAUCGAGAAGUGCAAGCAGAUUGCGCAAGCUGCACUGGCGGCUGGAGAUGCCGAAAAAGCAUCUCGCUUCCUUCAGAAGGCCAAGCGCAUGUGUCCAACGGACACAUCCAUCGAUGACCUCCUAGCCAAGGCCGCCGCCGGCGCCACCGGCGGCAGCUCCCCCGGCGCCUCGCCGUCGCCUGGCGCCGCGCGCGCGCCGGACCCGACGGCCUCAGAGGGGCCGAGGCAACGCGCCGCGGCGAGCAACGUGCGAACCACCAAGGAUGGCAAACAAUACACCUCCGAGCAAAUGCAGUUGGUGCAGCGCAUCCUCCGAACCAAGGACUAUUACGACAUCUUGGAGGUUCCAAAGAAUGCAAAUGAGGAGGUCGCAAAGAAGGCCUACCGAAAGUUGGCUUUGAAGCUGCACCCCGACAAGAACGGUGCGCCCGGAGCCGACGAGGCGUUCAAGAAGCUCAGCAAAGCAUUCCAAUGCCUUACGGACCCCGAGAAAAAGCAAGUCUAUGACACCUAUGGGGAUGAGGAGCGAAUGCCACAGCAACAGCGCCACCACUACCAGCAGGAUUUCAUGACUCCCGAGGACCUGUUUGCCGCGUUUUUCGGUGGCGGUCCGGCAUUCCAUCAACAUCACCAUGGGCCCCGACACCGACAUCACCAUGACGAUGGGCAGAUGCAGCGUGUGCAAAUCUUUCAGGCUCUGCCGGUACUGCUCUUGGUACUCUUGACGUUGGCCUCCAAUUUUGCCGCGAAGGACGGUGGUAGCAAGUUUUCCUUUCAGCCAAACAAUGCCUACCGCAACGAACGAAGUACUGCCACCCUGAACGUGGCCUACUACGUGACGGACGAUUUCGAGGAGCACUACAACGAGGGCACCCGCAAUCUGGCGGAGUUUGACCGACAGGUGGAAAUCUACCACAUCCGAAGCCUACACAGCGACUGUGACUACCAGGAAAAGACGCAGUACAAGAAGGUGUUGGCCGCGAAGCGCCGCGGGAGUCAGGAGGAUCUCCAAGCGGCCCGGAACCAUCCACGACCGGCCUGCAAGGAACUGGAGCGGGUCAAGAAAAAGUUCCCCGCUCUUUUCCGCUCGGCCAUGUUCAUGGGCGGCUACUGAGAAGGCUGUAAGGGUUUCAAGCAGCUGCUGUCAUGUGGUUGGCAAUCUCAACAGUUUAG